AUGGGCAACAAAAUUCUUGGAGAUUUCAGAAAAUCGCGUUAUAAAGGAUUUAAUUAAGAUUAAUUAAAUUAUAUAAAAGAUAAAUUUUAAUUAUUAUGUGAUGAUAAUGGAUAUCUUUGUAAAGAAAACUUAGCUAUUAUAUACAAAUGCAGUAUAAGUUAAGCAUAAAAGCUUAUAAUGUUUCUAGAUUUAGAUGGUUCAUAAAAUGCCGAUUUUUAUAAAUUUUGCUGUGGAGCAGCUCUUUUAUGCUAGAAUAACUUGACAGAAAAAGCAAAUAUUUUAUAUAAUAUAUUUAAUUAUAGACAAGCUGAUAAUGUAGUUUUUGAAGAACUCUCUUUAUUCGUCGAACAUUUUAUGAGAUAUAUGGCUUUUAUAAAUGAUGAAGAGGAACCCACAAACAAACAAGUAGAAACAAAAACAAAAUAAUUAUUGUUAAAAUGGGAUAUUGAUAAGGACAAUUAAUUAAAUAUGGAUGAAUGGGAGGCAAUGUUAAGAAGAGAUCCUGAUAUUUUGCAAUAUAUGUAUAAUAUGGGUUUUGUUACUAAGUUUGAAAUGGGAUAUGAGGAUAAUCAAUAUGAAGAUUGCAAUAGUGAUAUAGAAGAAGAAAUUGAUAAGAAAAAUAUGGACAGAGAUGAAAGAAUAGAAAAAAUUAAAAAUGGAAUCGAACAUAAUGAAAAACCUGAUGGACUUGAAGAUGAUUUUGAAAAAGAUUUAAUAUAAUAAAAAAUUACAAAUACAGAUGAUGAGUAAUGGAAAUAAUCUUUUAAUUAUUUUCCUUCUUGGUUUAAUUCUAAUAAUCAAAAAAGAUUAGAAGCUCCUAAAGUAAAUUUAGAUUUGGAAUAUAUACAUGGAUAUAGAUGCCAUGAUACUAGAAAUAACUUGAAUAAUGAUGAUGGUAUGGUUGCUUGUGGAAAAACAACAAAAGCUUUCAUAUUUUAAUUAUAAUUUCAUCCUGUUGAAAAAAUGAUAAUUGCAACAUGUAUGAAAGAAGUUAAUUUUAUAACUUUUUCGGGAAAUAGUAUUAAGUGUACAAAAGGGGUUUGGGGUAUAUAAUAGCCUUAAGCAGUUUUGUGUGUUACUUUCAAUUAAAAUGAUGUUGUUACAGGGAUGUUUAAUGGAAACAUUUGUGUUUGGAAAGAAUAAAAAAUUUCAGAAGUUUUAAAAGGACAUUAUGGGCCUACUAAUUGCAUUUGUCCAAGAAAUAAUUAAAAUGGUUUCAUUUCUGGAGGAAGAAAUGGGGUUAUAAUUAUCUGGAAUGGCGAUUAUACGCAAUCUAAAGUAAUUGAAAUAGAAGAUUUUGUGAAAGAUUUAAAUUAUAAGCCGAUUAUUGCCUUGAAUGAAAAUAAAAAUGGAGAUUUAUUGGUAGGAAUGAGGGGAGGGGAAAUCAUUGAAGUACUCAAAGGAGACUUUAAAAAACACAAAAUUAUUAAUUAAGGGCAUUGGGAUGAUGAAGUUUGGGGUUUGGCGACUCAUCCAAAUUCCAGUUUUUAUUAUACUAGUGGAGAAGAUAAGAUUUUGUAUAAAUUUGAUGUAAAAUAAAGAAAAAUGAUUAAAAAAUUGAAACUUAGUUAUUCUUGUAAAGUAUUAGCGAUUUCAUCGGAUGGAAAUUAUUUAGCUGCUGGGUGCAAAAAUGGAUAUUUAUGUAUCCUCAAUCCCGAUAGUCUUUAAAUAAUUAAUGAAAUAAAAGAAUAUAUUAAUCCGGAUAAAGACUUGAUUUCUAUUAUGAAGUUUUCACCAAGUUCAAGAAAGCUUUUUGUCUCAUAUGCUAAUCCAAUUAAUUAUAUGGUUGUUUUCGAUUCUUAAAAUGGAUUCAAAAAAAUUUUAGAAUUUAAGAUUUAAUGUAGAAUUAAUCAUAUGGACUUUUCUGAAGAUGGAAAAACUAUCUAAUGUAAUGGAGUUAAUAAUCUUUUGUAUUAUAGUGCCGAAAACGGGGAAGCUAUUAAUAAUGGAUUUUAAUUGUUUAAAGAUGAAAAAUGGGCUUCAUGGACGAUUCCAAGAGGAUUUUGUACAAAAGGAAUAUGGCCUCCAUGUACUGGUGGAGAUGAUAUUAAUGCUGUCGAAAGAUCACCUUCAGGAGACGUUUUGGUAACUUCAGAUGAUUUUAGUAAAGUGAAAUUAUUUAAAUAUCCAGUUCAUCCUUUGAUGGUAUAGGAAGGAAAGACAAGUAGAUAAUAAGAAUAGUCUUAUAUUAAAUUUACUGGACAUAGUUCUCAUGUUACUAAUGUACGAUUUUUAAAAGAUUCUUCUUAUAUCAUUUCAGUUGGGGGAGAAGAAAAGUCUGUGUUUUAAUGGAAAUAUAUAAAAGGUUAAGAUGAACCAGAUGAAGAAGAAAAUUAAUAUUCAAAACCUUAAGGAUAUGCUUUAAUGGAGCCUGGUUAAUAAGAAGGUGAUAUUUUUGGGGAAGAAGAAAAAGAAGAAGGUGAUUAAAUUGGGGCUGUUAAACCUUUUUUGGGAGAACUUUUACAUAGUAUUCCAAGUUGGUAUAAACCUAAUAAUAAAAGAGAUAACUAAUUACCUGAUGGAGAUAUAUCUUUAACUUAUUGUCAUGGAUAUAGAUUUUUUUACAUUCAAGAUAAUUGUAGAGAUAUGUUUUUCAUUAAACAUAUUGAAGAUAUUGUUUCUUUCGAUCUUCACCCAUAAAGGACUAUUGCUGCUACAGGAUAAAUGGCUGCUAAAGGAAAAGCCAAAUGUAUAGAUAUUUUUGUUUGGGAUGUUGAAACUAAUGAAAUAAAAGCUAAUUUUAAUGAUUUUCAUAGAAGGGCCGUUGUUUUAUUAAAAUUUAGUCCUAAUGGUUAAUUAUUAUUAUCUGUAGGUUAAGAUGAUGAUAAUUCGCUUGCAAUUUAUGAUUGGUAAGCUAAACGUUUAGUAACUACUAGUUAGGUAGAUAAAGCAAAAGUAACAAGUGCUGCAUGGAAAAAUGAGACUGAAUUUGUAACUACAGGAUUUAAACAUGUUAAAUUUUGGACUUUAAGUGGCAGAAAUGCGAAAAGUGUAAUAGGGAAAGUUACUUCAAGUUAAAAGUUUGUGUCCUAAUAUAGUUCUAUUUAUGCAGAAAAUAUAUGCUUUACAGGAGGAGCUGAUGGAAACGUUUAUUAAUGGAGCGGAAGUGCAGGAACUGCUUUGAAAGGAGCAAAACAUGAUAAGACUGUACAAACUUUUGGGUAUGAUAGUAAGUGUAAAACUCUUUAUAGUGGAGGAUUGGAUGGUAAAAUAUUAAAAUGGAUAAUCUAAGGAGGAAACGCUAAACCAGAAGGAUUAUUAGUUGAUUUAUCAGGUCAAACAAGUAUAUAAUAAUUAGAAUUUCCAAGCGGAGUCGUAUCUUUAGAUUUGUAAAAUAACACAAAAAAUGUACUUUUGGGUACUGUAGGCGGAUAAAUAAUUGAAUUUUCAAACAAUAAAUGCAAUUUGCUACUUUAAGGACAUUUUGAUGGCGAACUUUGGGGUUUAGCAACUUCUCCAAAUAAAGAUAUGAUUGUUACAUCAGGAGGAGAUAAAACUAUUAGACUUUGGGAUAUUAAUAAAAAUAAAAUGGUGGUUUCAACAAAGCCUUUAAAUAAAGAUGUAAGAGCAGUAGAUUGGGGAAUUUAAGAUGGAAAGGAAUUUAUUGUAGCAGCGGAUGUUACAGGAGUUAUUUAUUUAUUAAAUGUGUAAAAUUUAGAUAUUUUGGCAAAACAUAAUUCAGAGUUUACGAAAAUUACAAAUAGGCAAGCUACACCAUGGAUUGAAGACAUUAAAGUUUCUCCUUGUGGAAAAUGGGCGGCUUUUGGUGCCCAUGCAGGAGCUUCGAAUUUGGAAAUCGUAGGAAUCUCUGCAGGGUAGGCCUUUACAAAAGGAUUUUAGAUUAAAUGUGGUCUGACUUCGGCAUUGUUACAUUUAGAUUGGUCGAAAGAUUCAAAUAAUAUUGUGGUAAAUUCGCAAGCUUAUGAACUUAAAUUUGUUGGUGUUUCUGCAAAGAAAAAUAUAGCUUCUUCUUCUGCGAAAGAUAUUGAGUGGGCUACUUGGACUUCUAAAUUGGGUUUUCCUGUAUAAGGGGUUUUCUAAGGAGUUGAUUAUACGGAUGUUAAUUCAGUUGUUAGAAGUGGAUCACAAAAAUUUUUAGCUUCAGGAAAUGAUGAUAGUAAAAUAAAAUUGUUUAAAUAUCCAGUUGUGGUACCUAAGUAGGUACAUAAAGAAUAUUUGGGACAUUCUUCACAUAUUACUAAGGUUAGAUUUACUUUUGAUGAUAAUUUUUUGAUUUCAGUUGGUGGUAAUGACAAAUGUACUAUGAUUUGGAAAACUACUUUUGGAGCAGGAUUGGGAAAAUCAGUAGAUUAGAUUUAAGAAAUUUAAGAUGAUGAUAUUGAUUUGACAGAUGAAAUAGAUAUUCCAAAAAAAAAAUAUGCGAAAAAUAAAGCUGUUAUUUAAAAACAAGUGAAUAAUGAUGAUCUUUUUGAAGAAGAAUCAGCAGAUAAUGGAGAUUAAUUUAUGGCAGUUAAACCUUGGUUAGGUGCCAUAAAAGAACCUACAUAUAAAUAUUUUAAAGACUCUAAAUAAGCAGAAGCUCCUCCUGUUUCAAUAAAACCUUAAUAUUGUUAUGGAAUUCGAACAAAAGAUUAAAGAGGAAAUUUAAGAUUUACUAAAUCAGGAAAAUUAGUAUAUAAUGCAGCUGCUUUGGGUAUUGUAUUAGAUAUGUAAACUAAUACAUAGCAAUUUUUCAAUUUACAUACAGAUGAUAUUAUAUCUUUAGAUUUAAAUAAUGACGGAACAUUAGUAGCAACAGGAGAAAUAGGACCAAAACCAUACAUUUAUGUAUGGGAUUCUGAUACUUGUGAGAAAAAAUAUGAAUGGAAAGGCAUUUUGAAAAAAGGAGUUGCGUGUUUAUCUUUUAAUGCGGAUUCUAGUAAACUUUUAGGAGCAGCAAUCGAUGAUGAUCAUUAUGUGGGAAUAUUUGAUUUAAAAUCGGGAAAAAGUAUGACUUUUGUAGGAGGAAAGGAAGUUAUUGUGGAUUUAGAUUGGAUAAACGACACUUCUUUUGUUACUAUUGGAAUUAAGCAUUUUAAAUUUUGGAAUUAAGCAGAAGGUACUUACAAAGGAUAAACUGGAUAGUUUGGCAAAGGAAAUAAUAUUUUGUCAGGAAUUGGAUUUGUUAAUAAUUAAAUUAUUAUUGGAGCAGCAACUGGAGAUUUGUAGUUAUGGAAUGGAAAAAAUUGGACUAAAAAUGUCAAAGAAAAAUUACAUUCGAAAGCCUGUGAAACUAUUGUUGUAGAUUAAGAUUAUAUUUUUACAGGAGGUAGAGAUGGAUUUUUAAAUAUUCUAAGCAAAAAUUUUGAAGAGAUAGUUAAAAUUAAUAUUUAGGAAGUUUGUUAAGGUUCUUAGAGCCCUGAAGUAAGAAGUAUUUGUUUAAGUGAUGAUAAAAAAAGUAUAUUCAUAGCUACUUUAGGCUGUGAAAUAUUCGAACUUAGAAAAAAAGAUUAAAAAAUAACUAAAAAUACUAAAUUUUCAUUCCAUAAAUGUUAUAUGUAAGGUCAUUUUAGUCCAAAUGCAAAAUGGACAAAUGAAGUUUGGGGUCUUGCUGUAUUCCCAAAUAAUCCAGAUGAAUAUGCUACAUGUAGUGAUGAUGGAACAUUAAGAAUUUGGUCUUGUUCACAAAGGAAAUUACUGAGAUUAACUUAAACUUAAUUUAAUAAAUAAGGAGAAAUUGUUGCUAGAGAUAAAGCUACAGGAGAUUAUAAUGAUUCAGUAAAAGCAAGAGCGAUUGCAAUAAGUCCAGAUGGAAGUGCAAUUGUGGUAGGGCAUAAAGAUGGUACAAUAAGAGUAUUCGAAAGUGAGACAUUGAAGUAAACUAAUGUGGUAAAAUAAGCCACGAAAUGGAUCUCAGAUAUUAAAUUUUCGCCUGAUGGCUCUUUAUUAGUUGUAGGUGCUCAUGAUUGUUCUAUUUAUUGUUAUAACUUUAGCUUAACUUAAUUAAAACCUAAAUGUAGGCCAAUGAAAAAGCACUCCUCUGCAAUUACACAUAUUGAUUUUUCAAGAGAUGGAAAUUAUAUCCAUUCUACUUGUUAGGCUUAUGAAUUAUUAUUUUGGGACGUUAAUAUAGGCAAAUAAUUGACUUCCGGAGCUUCACAUUUAAAAGAUGAAAUGUGGGCUACUUGGACUGCUACUUUAGGAUGGCCUGUUUAAGGCAUAUGGCCUGAAUGUGCAGAUGGUACUGAUAUUAAUGCUGUAGAUAGGUCUAAUCUUACAAUAAAAGGAAAUAAAGAUAUUACAAAUUCAUAUUAUUUAUUAGCAUCAGCUGAUGACUUUCUUAAGUGAGAAUUCUUAGAUUCCCAUCACUUAAAAAGAGCUCGAAGGGAGUUGUAGGAAUUGGACAUAGUUCCCAUGUUACAAAUGUUAAAUGGAAUGGAGAUGACACUUAUCUUUAUAGUACUGGAGGUGAAGAUUAAUGUGUUAUAUAAUGGCAAGUUUAAAAAUUAUUAAAAUGAUAAAUUAUAAUAUCAUAUAUAUUAUUAUUUUUAUUAUAUUUUAGUAUAAAAAAGUAGUUAUAAAUAUUUUACUUUUUU